AUGCCUCCCGUGGUGAUGUCCGAAGGACCCUGUAACACGAGAGCGAGAAGCUUUAAAGCGAGGACAGGCGAGCACGAGCUCCUUGAUGGGCUGAAGCAGCGAUGGAGAGGCCUCGGCGCCGACAAUAACGAGUUCCAAAAUGACGGCUUGCAAUGUGCUGGUUACCACAUCGCGAAGCACGACGAGGAAAACGCGAUCGCACGCGCGGGAAUCACGGACCGAAGCGCUGCGAUAAGGAGAACCUGCAGCGAAGCUGCGGCUCAGCUUCACGCCGCACUACCCGGCGACGGUUCCUCCGACAUCCUCCGUCGAGAGGCUCGUACCGCGGUGGUCGAUCCGUCUCCGUCUACGUCUGCUCCAUCCGCGGGUGAAGUCCCUCCGCCGUUCAAGCCAUGGAGAACGAGCCGGCAUCCAAACCAAAAGCGGCCGACUCAGCACGGUAGUGUGGAUCAGCGACCGCCGCUGGCGCAGCAGCCGUGUCGGCCGAAGCACUAUCAACCCGAUGAGCGUCGUCUGUACGAACAGCAGCCACUAGAGACUCAGCAGCAGCAGCAGGAGUUGCGGCGGAUAGGCGUGUCAGGACCCCGGUCCCUCUACAGGAGCGAAAGCGCGUUUCCCGCGCUUUUUCUCGAGCAGAUUGACGGCGACAGCGCUGACAGACCGUCGGAUCAUGCUGACGUGGCGGGCGGCCUUGGUGGCCGUCAGCAAUUGGAGGAGAGUGUCGGUCGCACGGUGUCGCUCGAGCAGUCCGCCCUCGAGGCCCUCGCAGCGCCGUUCAAAGUUCCCCACACCCCUCCGCGCGCGUUGGUGCGGGAGACAGUCUCUACAGUGGAGCUGAGCGCGCGGGGGGACGCGGGGAGCUAUGCAGGGGGAAUAUUGGGGGAAGAGGGGGACGGCGCGGAGGAGGGGGAGCGGGAGUUCACGCGGCACGUGUUGGGGCGGCCGUACGCGGAGCUUGAGGCGCGGUAUGAGGUGGCGGAGGGGGAGCUCGGGCGGGGGAAGGUGGGCGUGCUGCGCGCGUGCAGGUGCCGCGCGACUGGGCGGCAGUUCGCGUGCAAGACCAUCAGCAAGGCCGCCAUGAUUUGUGAGGCGGAGUGUGACGAGGUGCGGCGGGAGGUGCAGAUGAUGCAGCGCGCGCGCGGCCACCCGCGCAUAGUCAGCAUGCACGAGGCGCUCGAAGACGCGCGCGCCGUCCACAUCAUCAUGGAGCUCUGCCACGGUGGCGAGCUCUUCCACCGCAUCGUGACACGUCAGCGCUACAGCGAGCCCGCGGCCGCCAGCGUGGCGCGCCAGCUGGCGUCGGCGCUGGCGUUCCUGCACGCGCGGGGAGUGGCGCACCGGGACGUGAAGCCGGAGAACAUUCUGCUGUGCUCGCGCGCGGACGACACCAGCAUCAAGCUCACCGACUUUGGGGCCGCCGCGCUGCUGCUGCCUGGCACACAGUGCACAGAGAGGGUAGGCUCGCCCUACUACUUAGCCCCUGAGGUGCUAUCAGAGCAGUAUGGGUUGCAGGCGGACGUGUGGAGCGCGGGGGUGGUGCUCUUUGUGCUGCUCUCCGGAUCGCCACCCUUCUCUGGCCGCUCCAACGACGAGAUCUUCCAGGCCGUCCGAUGCAAGGAGAUCGACCUCGCGAGCAAGCCCUGGCCGUCGAUCUCGGAGGGAGCGAAGGAUGUCGUCCGUCGGAUGCUCACGAGGGACCCUGAGGCGAGGAUCACCAUGAAAGAAGUGCUCGGUGAGUGGGUGGGCUGCUUAGGGUAG